AUGAAUGCCCUCGGAAUGAUUGACUUGACGGCGUCAGACUCGGAGUCUUCCCUGUCCAGUGGCCACCAAUCCCACGACGAGGAUGUCGUCUACAGCAGGUGGAAAGGGCAACUUCUUGACUGUCUGAAUGGUAUCACCUCUUCUGGCGACUUCUCCGCGUCUCGCCAGUACCAAACAUUCCCGAAUCCGUGUCUGCGGAUUGCAGGGCGUGCGGCUGUCAUUCCUCUGCCACUGACCGACCAUGACGCCGAGGCGAUUCGAGGCGCCUGCAAGGAGGCUCCGUUUGGUAGGGGAGACGAGACACUUGUAGACACAUCGGUGCGAAAGACUUGGGAAUUGGACGCUACACACUUUGAAUGUACGAAUCCUAGUUGGCCGGCCUUCUUUCGCACGGUCUUGGACGAUGUGGCUACAGGUCUCGGCCUUCCGAACGUCCGCGCGAAACCCCACAAGCUUCUCCUCUACGAAAAGGGGUCUUUCUUCAAGCGGCACAAGGAUUCCGAAAAGGAAGUCGGCAUGAUAGCCACACUUGUCAUCUGUUUGCCAGCAGCGCAUAGAGGGGGUUCCGUUCAGCUUUCUUUUGGGCCUGAAAAGCGCGAGAUAGCUACAGCACCAGCAUCGCCAUUCGACAUCACGGCGCUCGCGUGGUUCUCCGACGUGGACCAUGAGAUCAAGCCAUUAAACUUCGGCCACAGACUGGUCCUCACCUACAAACUGUUCCAGUCGGGUUCCGCCAAGCGAUCUGCCCACUUCCUCGUCGAGCAGUCACGGCAGCUCAAGAGCAUUCUCGGUAAAUGGCGGCCCCAGUUUCCUACUACGUUGAUGCUCGCCUACCCACUAGAGCAUCAGUACACCAAGUCCAGUCUGUCUUUGAAGAAUCUGAAAGGCCGCGAUCACGCUGUGUGCCAUAGUCUGAAGGAGAUAAGCGCUGCGUGUGACUUGCACCUCGCCCUAGCCCACAUGACGCGUACGGAGGAUGAUCCGGAUGAUUACUACGGUACUGGUGACGGCGAGGUAUCUGUAACCCUGGACACCAUCUAUUCGUGUGAGGGCUUGCAAAUAGGAUCAAGCCACGAUGUCGACGAGGCCGAAAUUUUAGGCUCGAUCUUCAAGGACCGGGAACCUGACAGCGAGGACGAGGGAGAAUUUACAGGUAACGAGAGUGCACCUAGUUCUUUCCGAUACCACGAUACUGUAUGA